GCUGGUACAAUCGUCUGUACAUCAACUUCACGCUGCGCCGCUACAUCUUCUUCUUCCUGCUGCAGACAUAUUUCCCCGCCACGCUCAUGGUGAUGCUCUCAUGGGUGUCCUUCUGGAUCGACCGCCGCGCCGUGCCGGCCAGAGUCUCCCUGGGCAUCACCACGGUGCUGACCAUGUCCACCAUCAUCACUGGAGUGAAUGCGUCCAUGCCCCGGGUGUCCUACAUCAAGGCGGUGGACAUCUACCUGUGGGUCAGCUUCGUCUUUGUCUUCCUGUCUGUGUUGGAAUACGCCGUCGUCAACUACCUGUCCACCGUCCAGGACCGGAGAGAGCGCAAGAUGAGAAUGAGAGCACGAUCUCAGUCACUCCCCUGCACCUGUGGGAUCUCCGGGACGCGGACCAUGACCAUGCUGGACGGUACCUACAGCGAGGCAGACACCAACAGCCUGGCCGGCUACACUGAGGAGCCCAUGGUGCCGGAGGAGGAGCAGGAAGAGCUGCACGAGGUUCCCGAGAAACCCGAACACAUGGUGGUGCAUCUCUCAGUGAGCAGCGAGUCCACCACCGCCAAGAAAAAGAAGAGCCUGCGGAAGCUUAACAUCAUCCAGAACACGCACGCCAUUGACAAAUACUCAAGGAUGAUUUUCCCUGGGUCAUACAUCUUCUUCAACCUUAUCUAUUGGUCUGUGUACUGCUGAGAGACACUCAGAGUCUGGACAUAGGGCAGGAGGAAGAACUCAGACAGUAAAACUGCUCAGAAUGGGAUUAUUGGGGAGUGCUGUUGUACUGUGUGUCUGAAGUGCAAGUUCUGCAAAGAUUCAUCAUGAACACUUUGGGAUUCAUUGAACACUCUUGAUAUGUUUUCUCAUGCAGCAAUUGAAUGUUCACUAUAUAACUAUAAAACAAAGAAAAAUUGUCAUUUGAAUGACGUUUUUACACAAAUUAUUUUCAAGCUUCAUGAACUUUCGACUGCUGUUUAAAAGUUCUUCGUCCUCAUUUCUUCUGUUCAUGAGAUGAUGCCAACUUUGUAUUUGACUCCUAACAUGGAGAGAUAAGAUGAUGUGAUUAUGUAAGCUACUUAGUUGAUGGAUCUGUGUAUUAAUAUGUAUUUGUAAUGAUUGUCAAGGCGGGAAUCACCAUGAUCAAAAGGUUUUUAAGGCCCAUUCUUUAUCAGUCAUGAUUUAAUUUCAAGCAGUGAUUCAAAUUUCAUUUUUAAUAUAUCAAGAUAACAGAUUUGGAAUAUAUUCUCCAAGCCUGUCAUUCAGUUAUCAAUUAAUUCUGACGAAUCAAUCAGAUUGAGAGGUUAGCACUGUUAGCAUCUCUCUGACCCUGUAUUUAGCGGUGCUUUUAGCUAAAUGCUAACAUGCUAACAUUCUAAUCAUGUUUAUCAGGUACUGUUUACCAUCUUAGUUUAACAUACAAACAUACAUACAUACAUACAGCUGAUGCUUAUGGGAAUGUUUUUGCUUGAGUUUGGUCAUAAACUAAAGUACAGGAAGAAUUUAAUCUUAAUGAUCAUGGCGCUUUAUGAAACCUCGCAAUCGCAAUGGUUAUUCGAAAUGAUCGUGGGGAGAACAUGAAUAUCUUUACCAAAGUUUAUUGCAAUCAAUGUGUAUAUCAAAACCAAAAAUGUCAAUCUCAUGGUGCUACUGGAGGAAGAUACAGUCAGAUGAUCACUACUGCAGGUCAAUCCAUAGAAUAUUUGCCAGAAUAUCUUAGUCU